UUGGGGACAGACACUUCACAGAAAAGAAUAAAAAGGAAAAGAGCGAGGAAGAGAGAGAAAGCGGGAGGAAAAUCGAAGUUUCGCUGCUACGUCAAUGGCGGUUAGGGUUUUCAAUUGAUCGCCCGUAUCGGAAUCUCCCUCCUGUUCCAUCUCUCCAUCUCUCUCCCCGUCCUCAAAACCCUAAUUCUAAACACUUCAAUUCAAUCUCUGCAAUCUUCAAUUCGGGAAGCGAGAGCUGUGAUGGGCGCGCAGGAAAAAUCCUCCGCCAGUUCCAAUUCGAUGCAGCGUGUUAAGGUCUACCGUCUGAAUGACGAUGGGAAAUGGGAUGACCAGGGAACUGGACACGUCAGUGUUGAUUACAUGGAGAGAACAGAAGAGUUGGGUUUGUUUGUAAUUGAUGAAGAAGACCACGAAACACUACUUUUGCAUCGUAUCAGCUCAGAGGAGAUAUAUCGAAAACAAGAAGAAACAAUUAUUUCAUGGAGAGAUCCUGAAUAUUCUACUGAAUUAGCUCUUAGCUUUCAAGAGACCACCGGAUGCUCUUUCAUAUGGGACCAUAUCUGCACUGUGCAAAGGAAUCUCCAGUUUAAUAAUCUUAGCAAUCUUGGAGCUGGUUCUUUCCUGGUGAAUGAGACAAUGGAUGCAUCUGGGGCAACCCAGGUCAAUGGCAAUUUGACAACUUCUCUAAAUGGUGACUCAUUUCACAGCAUCAACAGUGAGUUGAGGGAGUUGCCUGCAGUUGAGCUGUCCACCCUUCCCUUGAUACUGAAGAUAGUGUUGGAGAGUGGCAUUGCUGAGCAGAUACGCCUGACUGAACUUAUUUUAAAUGAUCAAGAAUUUUUCCAAAAGCUGAUGGACCUAUUUAGGAUAUGCGAAGACUUGGAAAACAUGGAUGGCCUUCACAUGAUAUACAAGAUUGUCAAAGGGAUCAUUUUACUCAACAGUCCUCAGAUAUUUGAGAAAUUAUUUGGGGAUGACUUGAUCAUGGAUGUCAUUGGGUCACUUGAGUAUGAUCCUGACAUUCUCCAUGCCCAACAUCAUCGUAAUUUCCUAAAAGAGCAUGUGGUUUUUAAGGAGGCUAUACCAAUCAAAGAUCCCAUGGUCCUGUCAAAGAUACACCAGACUUACAGAGUUGGUUAUUUGAAGGAUGUCGUUUUGCCUAGAGUGCUGGAUGAGGCUACAGUUGCAAAUCUUAAUUCCAUAAUUCAUUCAAAUAAUGCCGUUGUUGUUUCUUUAUUAAAGGAAGACAGCACCUUUAUUCAAGAACUGUUUGUGAGGUUGAGAUCAUCAAACACUUCUGCGGAAUCUAAGAAAAAUUUGGUAUUUUUCUUAUAUGAGUUUUGUAGUUUAAGCAAGAGCUUGCAGAUGGUCCAGCAGCUUCGGCUAUUUAGGGAUCUUGUGAAUGAAGGCAUCUUUGACAUCGUAUCUGAUGCUUUGCAGAGUCAAGACAAGAGACUUGUAUUGACUGGGACAGACAUCCUCAUUCUUUUCCUGAAUCAGGAUCCAAACCUUCUGCGUUCUUAUGUCAUUCGGCAGGAAGGAAUUCCACUUCUUGGACUUCUGGUUAAAGGUAUGAUAACAGAUUUUGGAGAGGACAUGAAUUGCCAGUUUCUUGAAAUUCUACGCAGUUUACUAGAUUCAUACACAUUGUCAGGAUCACAGAGAGAUACUAUUAUUGAGAUAUUCUAUGAGAAGCAUUUGGGUCAAUUAAUUGAUGUUAUUACAUCAUCAUGCCCAAAGGAAGGCGGUGCACAAUCAAUCAGUAAAUCUGCUGGCCCUGAUGGAAAAGUUGAAAAUCAGAUCACCACAAAGCCUGAAAUACUGUCAAACAUUUGUGAACUGCUGUGCUUUUGUGUUUUGCACCAUCCAUAUAGAAUAAAGUGCAACUUUCUCCUCAAUAAUGUGAUAGAUAAAGUUCUGUUUCUAACUCGAAGAAGGGAAAAAUAUCUAGUAGUUGCUGCUGUUCGAUUUGUUCGCACUAUUCUUUCCCGCCAUGAUGAGCAUCUGAUAAACCAUGUUAUUAAGAACAACCUGCUUAAACCAGUUGUAGAUGUCUUUGUUGCUAAUGGCAAUCGUUAUAAUCUGCUGAAUUCUGCAGUUCUAGAACUUUUUGAGUAUAUCCGCAGGGAUAACCUGAAACCAUUGCUGAAAUAUUUAUAUGAUUCCUUCUGGGAUCAGUUGGUCAAAUUUCAGGAUUUGGCUUGCAUUAAGACUCUAAAAGUUAAAUACGAACAGACACUAGAGGAUUGUGUGGCAAAAGGCACUGUUAAUGCAGUGGACAGUAGUAGAAAACGAAUUGAUGAGCGUGCUCUGGAGAAAGAAGAGGAAGACUACUUCAACGAGGACAGUGAUGAAGAAGAUACAGCAUCUGCAUGCGUGUCACAUACCAAUAAAGUACAAGCUCAACCUGUUUUGUCCAAUGGGGUUGCUGCUAACUACCCAUCGUUAAGUCCAAGAUCUGGUGGACUGGUUGACUAUGCAGAUGAUGAGGAUGAGGAAGAGUACAGACCACCACCAAAGAAACAGCCAGAAAACCCGGAUGGAGAUGAAGGAGCAUUGGAGUCCCUCAAGUUGAAACGGAAAUUAGCUUCUAAGGAGAAGGAGCCUGAGCUGGCAAAGAAGCCGCGAUUGGCCAAAAAUCCCAAGUCAAAAGAUGGUGUAUUUGCUGCUUUGUGUUCGACACUAAGUCAGGCAGUUCUACCCAAUAAGAAAAUAGCGAGCCCCAUUCAUAUUACUCCUCGCACUGCAGAUGGAAACCAGAGCACAGAUGAAGAAAAGCAUCAAGAGGAUGAACCCGCAAGUUUUAGAAGCUGUUCUGAUAACAGCAGCAGUUCAGAUGAGGAAAACCAUAGAGAAAAAGAACCUGCUGCUUCGAGAAACUGUUCUGAUUGCUUGCACAGCAGCUCGGACAAUCGACAGUUAGGCGGAGAGGACUGUCCAUUGAUACCACCCAAAUCCUCGCCUGAAAUGGCUGUAAAUGGUGCCUAAGUUAUGUCUCAGAACCUUAUUCAGCAAGGUGACUUUUUCAUUCUGUGUUUUAUUCAAUUGGUGUAUGUGCUUGGGAGAAUCAGUCCUGGGCUAUCAAAUGGGUCAGCUUACUCGAGAAGAAGGAAAGAACAAUCACAUAAGAAGGGGAUAACAUUGGACAACGCCUUUCCCUUGCUAGAAGAGGAUACUGUACAGUGCCACAAGGGGCGGGAAGUUCAUAGUCUCAUAACAUGGGCCGGCCUUCCCUUCGUCUGGUCUUCCCAAUCUCAAUGCUUUCAGCUGAGUAAUUGUUGCUUUUUGUAAAACAUUCAUUAGCACUAAUUUCCAUUUUCCAAUUUUCUCCUCUUUUUCUUCUUUGAUUCCUGUUUCCUCCUUUUUCAGUUAUGUGAACCAUAUAAUAGAAAAGGGGCACAAAAAUAUUUGCCCCCCAUAUAGUUCCUCUUAUUGUUCAAUUUUGUGGUGGGUGUGAGUGUUAGAGAAGGUGGUUUAGUGAGUUGGUUUGAGGCUGAUUUUUCUCACGUGGCAGUGGUAAACAAUCAGCUUCUAUAAACCAUUGUAAAUUAGGCUUUUUUUUUUUUUUGGUUUUUUAUAACCUUGUGCCAUGCAACUUAAUGACAUCUAAAGGAUUCUUCCAUUCUUGA